AAUUGCUAGUUUGCUAGCGUGAAUUUCGAGCCCUGCUACUACAGUAGGCCGGCGUUAGAUUGGUAGACAUAAAUUAAAAUACCUUUGUACAAAUCGAUGAUCCCAUAUUUAUUUACAGGCUAUACACAGACAGCAUUUUAUAAUUAAACAACACAACACAGUGAUAUCAAACCGUCCGUACUGACCGACCGCUACCAAUGCUGAUACUCCAUGAAGAUAGGAAGAAGAACCAUAAAAGGGUCAUUACAAGCAGUAUAUACAUGGCUUACACAAUAAGCAAGUUUACUGGUGGAAUUUUAUCCGACAGAGUUUGUGCAAACAAUAUGUUUUCUUUUGGUCUACUUGGUGUUGGACUGCUUGUGUUGGCGUUUACAUUUUGUACAUUAUGGAAUCUGAUGGCACUUUUGUGGUUCGUUCAGGGACUAUUUCAAGGACUAGGUUGGCCGGCCUGUGGUAAACUACUAAAGAAGUGGUUUCCACCAUCACAUAUUGGUUUAUAUUGGAGCAUAUUAUCAUCGAGUGUAAACAUAGCUAGUGGUAUAGGCCCACUAGUGGCAUCAAUGUUAGCGUCUGUAUAUGGAUGGCGAAUAGCAACACGAACCUCAGCACUAUUAGCAGUUGCUAUGUCAUUUUUGUUAUUCAUCUUCCUGAAGGAAAGCCCAGUUGAUGUAGGCUUAACAGCAUUCUCUCAAGAUGCAAAAAAGAAAGAAAGUGUUCCUGUGAAGAAUAUUGUGCAAACUCCUUUCCUGUGGGUGAUGUUCUCUUACAAUUUGCUGAAUGUUUUCAUGUCUCAUGCAUUCUCAGAUUGGGGCCAACUUUAUCUCAUACAUGAAUUGAACUACCCACCUACUACAGGUGGUGCUGUUGUAAGUACAUUCCAACUUGGUGCAGUAAUUGGAUCAGUAUUUGCUGGAUAUUUUACUGACAAGCAGGUUGCAAAGGAAGGUGUAUUAAUGAUUGGAAGUGCUCGAUUUCCAUAUUUGCUUGUUACCCUUGUAGCUUUAGUGUCUUCCAUGCACUGCUUUAAUACACUGGUAUCUAGUGAAUCUAGUCUGGUAUUCAUAUUUUUUCUGAAUUUCAUUAUGGGUUUCUGUGCUUUUGGCAUUCAGUGCAUUAAUGGUGUUUUGGUUAUUGAGCAUACAACCCCGGAGAUGUCUGGAACAGCCCAUGCAUUUGCUUCACUUGGUGGAGGGGUUGGCGCUGUGUUGGCAGGCUAUCCACUAAGUAUCAUCGCUAAACAUUAUAAUUGGUACACAAGCUUACUUAUCGUCGAGGCAACAGUUAUCAUCCAUUGUGUUGUCAUGGUUACAACAUGGAACAUAUCAACAGAGAUUGGAAAGAAAAGAGGAAAAAUAGAAUGAAGACAGGAUAUUUCUAAAAUAUAUUUCUUACAGUACACUAGGUUUUUGAUAUUGUAAUAAUGAUAAUAAUAUUGAUGAUGAUAAUGAUCAUGUUGAGGGUGAUGGUGAUGUUGACAAUACUGAAAUAAAUGAUAGAAUCAUGUAUUGUUAUUCAGUAUUAUAAGUUAAACAAUCAAAGAUGUAGAUAAAAAUUGUUUUCUAGAAUUCUCUAAUGACAUUUUGUUUUUUAGCUCUGAUGAGGAGCCCGGCUGAUUGAUUAAUAUAUUUUUUCAUUCUCUUUUUUGUAUGGGCAGCUGUUAGGGCCAGUUAUUUUUAUUAUUAGCUCCGAUGAGAAGCUCUAGAAACAAUUGGUUGAUUGAUAAAAGAGAUCUUUUUAGCUCCAAUGAGGAGCUCUCAUACACGGCUGAUUGAUUGAUCUUUUUUGCUGAUUGAUUAAUAGAUCAUUUUUGUAUUGGUGGUUGUUAGAGCCAAUAUACUUACUGCCUCUAUUAUACUGCCCUCAUCAGAGCUUUCAAGAUUACGAGACCUUGUUUUAAAGGGACCAUCCAUUAUUUUUAUCAUUUUCAGAAGAGUGCAAAUCAUACUUUUUAAGAGGGAGCGGUUGUAAGCAUUUGUACUUUUUUUAUUAAAAGAUGAAAUGAUGAUCUCAAAAUAACAAAAAAAAUAUAAUUUUGUUGUGUACUCUUUCAGGGGGAGAGGGGUGACUUAAAGAGUAUUUUUGUGCUCUUUUGUAUAUUAAGAAAAUGUUUGUACAUUUCUGAUUGUUUAUGCUGGGUUUUGCUAUUCUUGUUUCUGCGGUAUUGAACAUGAAGUAUGCAAUAAAAUAACCUAAAAAAUGCUUAAUGUGUACAGUACAGUAUAUAUUUAAAAUAUAACAGUAUUAACUUUCAACUGAAAAUUAUAACAAGGAAAAACUACAAUUUCUAUAUUCUUGCAUCUAUCCGUAUUGAUCUGUUACUAUUAAAUCUGUUUAACUAAUUAAGCUAUUAAAAGUUUUGAGAGGUUUUUUUUUGUUUUUUUGUUUUUUUUGUUAAUGGCAGUAUAUCAACUUCAGUUUUGUUCAUUUGAAUAUAUAUAACCACCUCCUUUCAUUUACAAUAUUAUGAUCAUGGAGUCGACUCGCAUUAACAAAAUGUUACACAGGACACUGCUACAAGGGAUUCCCAAGAUAUUCAUAACAAAAUUAUCAUUCUCUUCGCACAAGUGAAUAUAAACGUUGCUAAAGUCUGUUGGCCUACAAUUAAUAUACAGUGAAGAUGUUUGAUGCCACAUUGAACUGUAUGCUGUACUCUGUGAGCCUGUGUUCAGGUUCUUGGGAGUGUUCAGUUCCCUGCAAUAUUUUUUUACUUGGGUAUUACAUGGAACCCGUACUGCUUUUACACAGAUGACAUCCACAUGGACACCUGCUAAAUUUUCCUUACUACAUGUCUCAUGAAACACUUUGUCUUGUGUCUGGUGACUUACCUUUUUUAGCAAACACACCUUCACUGAACAAAUAUUCAGACUUUCUCUUUUUAAUUAAAAAAAAUCUAGCUAGAGCAAGCUGAAGCUUGUUUUUCAAUUAAUGAGUUUUAAGAAGUUGCUAUCUUUUCUCAUUUAUUUAAACAUACUGUAUUUGAAUAAUAUUUAAAUAUAAAUAGUUUCUUUGAAAUCAUGAAUUUUUAUAAUCCUAUUUGAAUAAUAUUGCUGUUAUUUUGCAUAUUAUUUUAGUAUGUUAUCUUGUAUUUUAAUAAGAACAUUUACCCUUUCAGUCUUAUUUCCUCAAAAUUUGUAUCAGAUGGGAUCAAUUUUAAUUAAAUAAUUUAUAGUCAAAUGCAAUAAAUAUAUGGUAUGAAAUUAAGGCUGAAUGUACAUGCAAUACAUUUGUCUAAAAUAGUCACAUUAUUAUUUUUGGUGAUAUACUUUUAUGUAUAUUUCUGACAUUUAUUAAAGAUUUCCAAAAAUCUGACUGUAUUAGAGAAGUGCUUUCCUUAGUAUUCUCUCUUGUUUAUUAAUAGUGAUGCUAUGUGUUCUGAAACAUACAAAACAGUACUUAGUGAACAAAAUGUAACCGUAUUACAAAGUAAUUAGAUAGGUUAAACUUUUGCCAGAUAUUAUAUUGUAUCAAUAAACACUCAGGAUUAAU